AUGUCCGAAAAAUUGGGCCGUGUCUUGCUCGCCUACUCUGGUGGCUUGGACACGUCUUGCAUCCUGGCCUGGCUGAUUGAACAAGGGUAUGAAGUCUACGCAUUCAUGGCCGAUGUUGGACAGGAAGAGGACUUCGCGGCGGCAGAGAAAAAAGCGCUUGCGGUUGGUGCAAAGAAGUUCUUUUUGGCGGAUCUCAAACGCGAAUUUGUGACUGAGCUUAUCUACCCUGCUGUCCAAGCCAACGCCAUCUAUGAGAAUGUCUACCUUCUAGGUACAUCUCUAGCCCGACCCGUUAUUGCUCGCGGCAUGAUCGCCAUCGCCGAUCAGGAAGGUUGCGACUUCGUUUCUCAUGGUUGCACAGGAAAAGGAAACGAUCAGGUCCGGUUUGAGCUUGCCUUCUAUGGCUUGAAGCCCGACAUCAAAGUUGUCGCUCCCUGGCGAAUUCCUGCAUUCUACGACCGCUUCCCCGGUCGUCAAGCCCUGCUAGCCUACGCCGAGAAAAAGGGUAUUCCCGUCGUCCAAACUGCGUCCAAGCCCUGGUCAACCGACGAGAACCUCUUCCAUAUCUCCUACGAAGCCGGGAUACUUGAAGACCCAGACAUCACUCCCCCAACUGACAUGUGGAAGCUAACGACUGCCCCUGAAGAUGCGCCUCAGGAACCUCAGCGCAUCGCCAUCGAGUUCAAGGCAGGGCUCCCCGUCAAGGUCACCGUACCCGCCGACGCCAAGGAAUAUACCGACGCCGUGGAGAUCUUCCUCGCCCUCAACGCCUUGGGCAGAAAACAUGGUAUUGGAAGGAUCGACAUCGUCGAGAAUCGCUUCAUCGGCGUCAAGUCCCGAGGAUGCUAUGAGUCUCCCGGCGCUACCAUCUUACGCGCGGCCCACGUUGACUUGGAGGGUCUUACACUCGACAGGAACGUCCGUGCGCUAAGGGACCAGUUCACAACGAUUGAGUUCAGCAGGAUCUUGUACAACGGCCACUUCUUCACACCAGAGAGGGAGUUUGUCACCAGCUCGAUCCCCGCGAGCCAGAGGACCGUCAAUGGGUUGGUCAAAUUGAAGUUGUAUAAAGGCAAUGUCGGUCUUUACGACGAACACGAGUCGUCUAUGGAUGAGUUGGGCGGCUUUGAGCCCACCGAUACCUCUGGGUUCAUCCAAAUUGAGUCUAUCAGAAUCAAAAAAUGGGCACAGGCCAACAUCCGCAAAGGUCAGGCUGGUGUAACGCCCAAGGACGUGUACGGGAGCCGUGUUUGA